AAAAAAAAACGAAACGAAACCUCUAACCUCAGAAAAACGAAACGAAACCUCUAGCCUCAGAAAAACGAAACCUCUAGCCUCAGAAAAACGAAACCUCUAGCCUCUUCCAUUACCUUAUUUUGGAAGUGAGCAUCGAGGGAUCGACGAUGAUCCAGGUGGCGGUGGUUCCAAUCGGAACGGUGCCGUCGAACGUGCUGCGGGACUACUACUCUAUGCUGCUCCCGCUGCACACGAUCCCGCUCUCCGCGAUCAGCUCCUUCUACACCGAGCACCAAAAGUCUCCCUUCGCCGUCCAGCCCUGGGACUCUGGCUCCCUGCUCUUUAAGUUCGUCCUCGGCGGCGAGACGCCAAGUCCAUGGGAGGACUUCCAGUCGCACCGCAAAACCCUCGCCGUCAUCGGUAUCAUCCACUGCCCCUCCUCCCCUGAUCUCGACGCCGUCGUCGACGUCUUCACUAAUGCCUGCAAGUCGGAGAUGAAUGAGAUCACAGAUUCAGAGUUGCCUUGUCGGAAAGCAUUUUCCAUUUCGCAUUGUGAAUUCAAUUCCGAUUCAGGUGGAGUUUCAAGAGCUUCAAAACCUUAUUGGUUGUGGCUUCUAUACCCUUCCCUAUCUUACUCACAUUUACUCACGUUCACCAAAACAACAACUCUGUUUCUGAUCUCUUCCAAGGAUUUCAAGUAUUGUCUGGAAGAACCCUCAAUACUAAUGCUACUGCUAUUCUCUCAAAAAGAUCAUGAUAUUAUUAGAGAGUCAACUCUAGAUAAGGUGCUCGGAGACAAACAUCAAAAUUCUACUACUCCUGGGGUCUUACAAGAACCAGCUCAGACACAAUCUCUCUCGGAUAUUUCUGCCAAGAGUGUAAACUACUGGGUAGGAACAACAACCUUGAUGCCUUUGGUUGGGAGAUUUGUUGCUGAUGCCUACACUGGUGGAUUUAACAUGGUCAUAUUUUCUUCCCUCGUAUACUUAAUGGGAUUAAGCCUCUUGAUUUUGUCACAAUUCAUCCCAAGUCUAAAGCCAAGCAACAAUAAUCAGCCUAGGGUGGUUCGUGAAGUGGCUUUCUUCCUUGCCAUUUACUGCAUCUCCUUGGGCACUGGGGGACACAAACCAUGCUUGGAAAGCUUUGGAGCCGAUCAAUUCGACAACGAUCACUGGGAAGAAAGGAAGAAGAAGAUGUCCUUCUUCAACUGGUGGAGCUUUACUGUGUGCUUUGCUAUGCUGCUUGGUGCAACAGUGGUUGUUUAUGUUCAAGACUUUGUCAGUUGGGGAGUUUCUAGUCUCAUCAUCACUAUUCUCAUGGCUCUCACUACCAUAGCUUUAUAUGCAGGGAGACCUUUUUAUAGGUACAAGCAGCCAGCAGGAAACCCUUUUAGGCCAAUUUUACAGGUUUUAGUUGCAGCAAUUAGGAAAAGGAAUUUGUCUUGUCCUUCAAAUCCUACUCUUUUGUAUGAAAUCCCAAAGUUAGAGAAGUCGCAAGGAAGGCUUCUGAGCCACACUAGCGGACUCAGGUUUCUAGACAAGGCUGCAAUAAUUGAAGAGAAAUAUGUUGAGCAGAAAGAUAAUGCUUGGAGAUUAGCAACAGUGACAAGAGUGGAGGAGACAAAACUUGUUCUAAAUGUAGUUCCCAUAUGGCUAACUUCAUUAACAGCUAGAGUAUGCUGGGCACAAGCCUCAACACUUUUUGUCAAGCAAGCAACUACCAUGAACUUAAAGAUGACCGAAAGUUUCACACUGCCACCUGCUUCCCUUGUUUCUGUUGCAGCAAUCCUAGGAUCUUACAAGAACCAGCUCACACACAAUCUCUCUCGGAUAUUCGCUGUUGAAACUGAAAGCUUGUUGAAACCAAUUAAGUCUGAACACACAGACACAUACAUAGCCCUUUUCUGAGGAGGAGAGAAUUUCACCAAAUCAAGGGGAAACUCUCUGAAGAACAUGAGUUUGAUGGAGUGCAAUGUGGAGGACAAUAAGAAUCCAUACCUUCAUGCUCCUACUUUCAUUGAGUGGCUUAAACCAUGUUCU